AUGUCGUACGGGAAGCCUCCCACUUCCCUUGGGUUGCUGCCUCCUCGCUCUCGCUCUCUCCUGCGGAAUGCUGCGUCUCUGACUGCUUGGACGCCUUACCCUCGCAGCCCUCGUAGUCCCCUACGUUGCGAGGAGAAAGCUGAGGCCGUGGAGGCAGAGGACAUAGCGUACCUUUCUUCUGAACAUAUCAGCUCUGAACCUUCAACGUCUGACAGUGAAUCCCAAUCAUCUGCAAAGGCCCCAUCACUUUCUACUUCUCAAGCCUCCCAAUCGGACGGCGAUCGCUCUCUUGAUACACUACUGCGCAAGGUCUUUGGGGACGCGCUGGACGAAAGACUUGGGCCUGAACUGUUUGACUUCGAGCGCACUCUUUCCAUGAACUCCCCGUCUGGGGCUCAUCAGCACAUCGUUAUUGAGAUAUGCGACUCGCAGAGGCCGCUCUUUACUCCCUGCAUCUUCGUGAUCAGAAACGUGUACAAGAUAACUCUGGGUGUCGAGCAGAUGAAGGAGCUCGCGGGGCCGAUCUUGGCUGCCCGCCAGACCAAGUCGACUAUGCACAUCCCGGAUAUCGUGAUCAAGAUAACCUACAUGGACGGCGAGUACGAGGUUGGGGUGAUCGAGGUUGCUUUCAGCGAGACGUGGAAGCAUUUCAUCGGACGGAUGCUCGAAUACCAACGUAUCGCCACCCAGGACGACGACCCGUUCAACUGGCCGGUGUAUAUAGGAGGCGUGAAAAUCUUCGAGCACACGAAGUUCAAGAGACCGAAGCUGACUCCGGGGGCCGGCUACGAUAAACAACGGCUGCAGUGGAAGAACCUACCGCUGACGGCGCUGACUGAGCUCCCGGAGAACGAGGUCGUGCCUGAGGGCGGCGAGGUCGUGGAAGAGGACGUCAACGAGGAAGAGGAUCCCGCUCCGAGCGAGUGCGAUUUCAUCUUAACGCGCCCCAUCAUGGCCAACAACCAUGUAUGGUGUGGCGAACUGUCAGCAUGGUUCGCGUUGUUCGAUGUUUCCAGGUUCCUAACGGACGACGAGCGUAAGGAGCUCAACAACGGCCUCAAUGAUGGUUUGAGUAUGGAGGAGUGGGCUAAGUUGGGCUACGUCAUAGUGAGCAGUCAUUCUAUGGAUCGGUUCUUGAGUACUCAGUGGCAUCCGCAGCCUGUGCAGGAGAAGUACGACAACUACCCGAAGGACCGAUACGAUAUGUUCUGCGGACGAUGGCGACGCGUCUUCACCAGGGCGCGUUUCGAGGUGUGGAGGAAAGGCUGCGAGGACUGGGACUCAUUCAAAGAGGAUAACGACGAAGCGAACAUCUACCAGACGACAGAGGAGGUCAGGAGGGCGUAUCAGUUCACUAACCUCGGCGAGGAGUUGCUGCGCCAGCUGCGCCAGCAAGACGAAGAAGAUCUGCCAGAGGAAUUCCAACUCCCUUUCCCCGCCCUAGUCGAAGCCAUCCGUCACGGCGCGAAGUGCUGCGCGCGCAACCGGUUGCAGACCUUCAAAAGGCGACUCCCUGGAGAGACAGCGUUCAAUCACACUACGCUGGGUCGUGCCAACUUCAAGCCACCCAAGCCUGUUGCGUCGCUGACCGACGAUGCAUUUGUUCGCUGGAUGAGCUCACAAGAGGCAGGAAUGAGCGCAAGCCUGGCGCGGGUGAGACAGAGGGAGGAGCGCGAGGACGCCGAGGACGCCGCCGAGGAGGUGAACGCAGACAGGCGUCGGCGGCCUCGAAGAGAAUCGCCGCAGAGGUUGGCGUAG